GGAUCCGCCUUCCCCAGAUUGGGGCCCAGUAGGGCGAAGGUUGUUCUCAAAGCCACGUGAAGCUUUCCUCGCCCCUAAAAAGCCCCAAAUAGGCAGGGCUAAUGGGAGAGGAAAGUUAAGAACUCCCGAACUUCUAAGACGCAGGGCCCGCCUGCCACCCCGAGAGCUGCUCUUGCAACAGCUGCCACCGCGCGCCCCAGCGGUGCCUAGACCAGCCGAGAGGAGGUCGCGGCCGCAAAGCGAUGUCCCGCCAAAGCCUCGGGCUGCGGGCGCUGCCACUGCCACUGCCACCGGCGCCGCUGCAGUUGCUGCCGCUGUUGCUGCUAUUGUUGCCUUUGGCUGCCGCGCGCCAACCAGAAGUCUACUAUGCAACUGCAUACUGGAUACCUUCUGAAAAGUCGAUAAAAGUCAAACACGUAAUGGACAAGAGUGGGGAUGCCUAUGGCUAUUACAAUGACUCCAUGGAAACCACAGGUUGGAGCAUCCUGGAGAUCAGAGCUGGGUAUGGCGCUCAAGCUCUGAGCAAUGAGAUCAUCAUGUUUGUGGCUGGCUUUUUGGAGGGCUACCUCACUGCCCCACACAUGAAUGACCACUUCAUAAAUCUCUACCCACAGCUGAUCAAGAAACCUUCCCUCGUGGAUAAAGUGAAGGAUUUUAUGGAAAGGCAAAAUCAUUGGACUCGGAAAAACAUCAAAGAAUUCAAGAAUGAUUCAUUUUGGAGACAUACAGGCUAUAUCGUGGCACAAAUGGAUGGGCUAUAUGUAGGAGCAAUGAAGAGGGCUAUGGCCGAAGGAACAAAGCCCAUGACCAUGUUCCAGAUUCAGUUCCUAAAUGCUGUUGGAGAUCUACUGGAUCUGAUUCCCUCUUUUUCUCCCACAAAAAGCAACAACAUGAAGGUUUUCAAGAGAUGGGACAUGGGACAUUGUUCUGCUCUUAUCAAGGUUCUUCCUGGAUUUGAGAACAUCUUUUUUGCUCACUCAAGCUGGUACACUUACGCAGCCAUGCUCAGGAUAUAUAAACACUGGGACUUCAACAUCAAAGAUAACGACACCAGCAGUAGUCGCCUCUCUUUCAGCAGUUACCCAGGGUUUUUGGAGUCACUGGAUGACUUUUACAUUCUUAGCAGUGGUUUGGUAUUGCUGCAGACCACAAAUAGUGUAUAUAAUAAAACUCUACUGAAAGAGGUGAUUCCUGAGUCUCUCCUGGCCUGGCAACGGGUCCGUGUGGCAAAUAUGAUGGCAUAUGAUGGCAAGAUGUGGGCAGAUAUCUUUUCAAAAUACAACUCUGGCACCUAUAAUAAUCAGUACAUGGUCCUGGACCUGAAGAAGGUAAAGCUGAAUAACAGCCUUGGCAAAGGCACUCUGUAUGUUGUGGAGCAAAUUCCUACAUAUGUAGAAUAUUCUGAACAAACUAACGUUCUACGGAAAGGAUAUUGGCCUUCCUACAACAUUCCUUUCCAUGAGAAAAUCUACAACUGGAGUGGCUACCAACUGCUAGUUCAGAAGCUAGGUUUGGACUAUUCUUAUGAUUUAGCUCCACGAGCCAAAAUCUUCCGGCGUGACCAAGGCAAAGUGACUGAUAUGGCAUCCAUGAAAUAUAUUCUGCGAUACAACAAUUAUAAGAAGGACCCUUAUAGUAAGGGUGAUCCCUGUAAUACCAUUUGCUGCCGUGAGGACCUGAACUCAGUUAACCCAAGUCCAGGAGGUUGCUAUGACACAAAGGUGUCAGAUAUAUACCUAGCAUCUCAGUACACAGCCUAUGCCAUUAGUGGUCCCACAGUACAAGGUGGCCUCCCUGUCUUUCGUUGGAACCGUUUCAACACAACUCUGCAUCAGGGCAUGCCAGAAGCCUAUAACUUUGAUUUUAUUACCAUGAAACCAGUUUUGAAAAUUGACAUAAAAUGAAGGUGGUACAUGAGGGAAUAGAACACUGCAAACAAGAUACCAAAGGUUCUAUUUUAGCUGUUUUUCCCAUCAGAACUAUUCUUAAUAAAAUAUAUUAAAUUCA